AUGAGUGACGAAGUGAAGAAGGACGAAGUCAAGAAGGACGACGCCACCAAGGUCGUUGAAGACAAGCCUGCCACUGCCGUGCCCCAGUCGCUGGUGUUCCUGAUGUUUGGCGGUAAGAAGGAAAAGAAGCCCGAAAAGGAAGAGGAAGAAGAAGAAGACAAGUCGGGUGCCACCAAGAAGGACGACGACGACCCUGAAGCUGAAGCCGACGUCCACUUCGAACCUCUCGUCAAGCUCGAAAAGGUUGAAGUGAAGACCAACGAAGAAGACGAAGACGUGUUGUUUAAGGUGCGGGCUAAGUUGUUCCGUUACCACGCCGACACCAACGAAUGGAAGGAACGUGGUACCGGUAACGUUAAGUUCUUGAAGCAUCGUCAAACGGGUAAGACCAGAGUGUUGAUGAGACGUGACAAGACCCUCAAGAUCUGUGCCAACCACUUGGUGAAGAAGGAAUACGAGUUGAAGCCUAACGUGGGUUCCGACCGUAGUUGGGUGUACUCGGUGGCCGCCGACGUGUCUGACGGUGACGCCGAAGCGCAAACCUUGGCUAUCAGAUUCGGGGACAAGGAAAAGGCCGAAGAAUUCAAGAAGUACUUUGACCAAGCCAAGGCGGAAGACAAGUAA